UCAGCCGGACGUGUUGUGGAAGGUUUGGUUUAAUUGGAUUUGGCGCAGAGAGGAUGCACCAGAGGUCACGGUAGCGGGUGCACGCGUUGAGGGAGUGCGCGCGCCGCGUGGGCAGGCCGGGGGGGCAGGUGCGGCGCUUGUUUACCCCCCCUGUCGCUGCAGGUCUCGGUCCCGCCGGAGCGAGUCAACAAGCCGGUGGUUUCGACGCGCACCGAUACUGCCUGAGCGGAUGGGCUGCUCUCAGAGAAACCAGGAAGUCAGCAUGAACCCUGCGUCCACCGACCGGAAGCCCCUUGUGGACUACGGCGUCCAGAUCCGCUUCAUCAAGGACCUCCACGACACAGGCGGAGGUUAUCCCGAUAAAUCCAGAGGGAACAACAGCGCAGCCUCUCCUUCCAAUAAGUACGGGGUGGCAGUGCACGUUCAGGGGAUCUCCGGACAGCCUUAUGUGGUCAUGAAAGAUGGCGAGAAGGGGGACUCCUAUGGAGUGCAGCUGAACAGUCCCGUUCCCGGCUCGGGGCCACCUUCACCUCUCAACAGCCACCCAAAAACAAAUCGAGGAGCGCAGGAGUUCACAAACCCCUUUAGCCGUGCUGCAAACACAGCACGAUCCCCCGUGUCUCCGUCAGACGAUGAGGUCGGGGAGAUUUUUGGGAGCCCUCAUAAGAGGCCUCCGGGGGACGGUCAGGCAGGAACACAAGGGGACGAGGAGGGUGGAGCCGGCAGAAGAGCCGAACCCCGACACAAAGAGAGAGCCGGGGAAUCGCAGAGAAGCAGAGAUGAGACCAGCGACGAGGAGUACAACGAAGCUGGCCUGAAACGCGUCAAGUUAAACGGCGCGGGACCCAAAGGGUUCAAGCAAACGGGCUUUGGUUACACCGGCUCUUUGGGAAGACACAUAGGGCGCAAAAUAAGCCCGGAUUCCUCUCCCGAGGCUCUCCCGAAACCUCCACCGCCAGCUGACGUGGAGCCCGUCCCAGAGAUCGACGUCAACUCCUUGGCUCCCAUCAACAAGCUCAUCAGUAAGUUCAACAGUGGGACUCCAGCGGGCGGCCCGCAGGCGAGAGGCCGCCCGGGAGGGAGGCAGAGGCUGAGGUUCGACGAGCACCGGCGCUCGAGAAGCCUUGACGCGAGGAAAGAUGCCCAGCCCGAGACUCCCUCUCCGACUCCGAACCCCUACGCCGCCAUUCCUCUGUCCGCCUCCUCCAAAUUGUCGGCUGCAUCCGUGCCAGCGGGCAGCGGCACCGCGCCGGUUUCCAGGGUGACGGCACUCGAGGCCCCCCGGCCGAGCUUCAAGUCGCCGGGGAAGUUUGUUGCGAGGGACCACCAUCCAGCUGUAGCCAAAAAGCCUGAGAUCACUGCGAGGAAUCAAAGCAAAGUCAACGGGGAGGAAGCGCCAGUGAAGCAGGUUGCUCACAACGUCCUUAAAAACGGCAUCACUGAGAGGGAAGCGUCCUUUAGAAGAAACGCCAACCCCGUCGCCGAGACAAACGGCAGUGUAAAGGGACGAUUUGACGGCAGCCUCCAAAAGGGGAAACUUGAGGAGCUUCAGGGGCAACUUAUUUGCUGCAAGGAAGAACUGCAGCAAGUCCAAGAUGAACUGUCCGAGGAGCGAAUGGCCAGAGAGGGGGCGGAGUCUCGUCUGCGCCUACAGGAUGAUCAGCUGGCUGAACUUCAGGAGGAGCUGAGGAGGGCUUCAGAAAACUCGCCCCACUCAGAGCAGACGGACGUGAUGUCUCUGCAGGCCGACCUGUCUGAGGCCGCCAUGUUGCGUCGGCGCCAGGAGGAGGUCCUACGCCAGCGGGAGCGGGAGCUGACGGCCCUGAAGGGGGCGUUGAAGGAGGAAGUGGAGUGCCAUGACAGGGAGAUGGAGGCCCUGAGGGAGCAGUACAGCCAGGACAUGGACAACCUGAGGACAACCAUGGAGCAGUUCACACAGUCGCAGGAGCAGAUCGAAGAAGAGCGGGAGAGGGUGAACUCCUCCAUGUUGACGCUGCAGGACGAAUUGGACGGCUGCAGGCAUCAGGAGAAGCAGUGGAAGACACGGCUGGACAGCGCGGCCCAGGAGCUGCACAACACCCGAGAAGACAGGAGCGGGACGCACGCCGCCAGCAGUCGAACGCUGCUGAAAUCUCGUUCGCAAAGAGACGAAUUUGAGGUCGAGCUGAAAGAUCUGAAGGACUCGCUGCUCAGCGCGCAGAAACCAAAGCCUGCGUCUGCUGAUAACUUGUCUUCAGCCGAGGAGACUCGGCGUUGCCGUGAGGAUCUGAAGCAGGCGCGCGCCGCUCUGGACAAACAAAAGGGCGAGUUGGACGAAAGGAGCGAGGCGCUUCGAGCCCUGAGGCAAGCGAGUGGAGAGAAGGAGGCCGAGCUUCUGUCUGAGGUCGGCUUGUUGAAGGAGGAGUUGCAGAAAUACAAGGCAGAGCUGGAAAAGGCGUCGGAGCGGACGAAGGAGUCAUCGGGCGGGUCCUCGGGGAGGACUGAGGUCGACUACGGUACCAACGCGGAGCUCCAGGAAGCAAACACUCGGCUCAGAGAGAGGCUGGCUCGCAUGACAAAGCUCCACUCCAGUGCGCCCCGCAGCCCAGAGACCGAGGAGGCAGUGGAGGCUCUGGAGGAUGAGAACCGGUCCCUGAAGACUCAACUGGACGAGGCCAAGAGGGGAAACGUUCGCCUGAGCAAGGAGAAGGACGAGCUUGGCCGGCGGCUGGAGGAGAGGGAGCUAGAGAGGGAGGCGCUCAGGAGGGGCAAGAUUGACCUGGAGGAGCAGAAGAGGCUACUUGACCGAGCCCUGGAGAAGAUGAACAAAGAGAUGGAGAUCAUGAUGGGAGAGUCCCGUCAGUCGGUUGCCACCCUCCAGACGCAACUUGAAGACUACAGGGAGCGCUCGAGGAAGGACAUCGUAGAAGCCCAGCGCAACUGCAAAGACCGGCUGGCGGAGCUGCAGAGGGCUCAGAACAACCUCAAGGCCCAGCAGGAAGAGGUUUCCCGACUGAAGAAGGAGCUGCUGGUGUGCAGCGAGGAGAGAGACAGCGCCCAGUUGGAAAGAGACCUCCUCAGCAACCGUCUCAAGCACUUGGACAGCGAACUAGAAUCCGAGAAGAGCGCCCACACCGACCGCACCAGGGAGAUCAGGGCCCUGGAGGAUAAGAUCAAGACCUUGGAGAUCGAGCUGGAUGAGGAGAAGAGCGGCGUGGAGCUCCUGAACGACCGCAUCACGCGUACCAGAGAUCAGGUGGACCAGCUUCGCUCAGAGCUGAUGCAGGAGCGUUCUGCGAGAAACGACCUCGAAAUGGACAAGAGCGCACUCGAGAGACAGAUGAAGGACUUGAAGUCCCGCUUAGUGGACAUGGAGGGACCGUCCCGGCCCUCGCCUGCACUCAACCUGCUUGAAAACAAAAUUCAAGAGUUGGAGGAGAGGCUGCAUAGUGAAGAAAGGGAGAAGGCCAGCAUCCAUGCUGCUCAGAAACGAAUGGAGAGGAAACUGAAAGAAUUGAAUGCCACGUUAGACCAGGAGAGAAACCAGCAUGUUGAGCAGAGAGAUCAGCUGUCUCUGCGCGUGAAGGCCUUGAAGCGGCAGGUGGACGAGAGCGAGGGGGAGGUGGAGCGCUUGGAGGGAGUCCGCCGGAAGGUCCUGAGGGACCUGGAGGAGCAGCAGGAGCUCCAGGAAGCGCUGCACGCCAAAGUCACAGCUCUUGAGACUGAACUGAAGCGCAAGGCCCAGCACGCCCAUCGAGCAGCCCUGGGCUCCUCCACUUUGAGCUCCGAGGACGAGGAGGGCUUCUACGACACCAACGUCGCCGAGAGCCACCCGCAGACCAGCGACUGCUGAAAGGGGGAUGAAUAAAAAGAUGCGUUUCAUUCCUCCUGUGCAAACACUUUUUAAUCAAAGAGGCACUCAGGGCGUCAAUUCAUCAGCCGCGUGGAGAACUCUGUUGCCAUGCACUACAAACUUGCCUUGCAGUUGAUCUUUGGUGUUAUUUUUAGUACAGCGGUCCAACAGAGACAGGUUGUCAGGAUAAUUAGAUUUUUGCAGUUUUUUUGUUGUUUUCAGCUGUGAUGACGAUUGCUUCAUUGCUGACACGUGUUUUCCAUCUGAAUAAUUGGUUGCACCAUGACAUGCAUAGUUUGAUUUCAUGUUCUGAAUUGUUUCAUUAAAGGCUCCUUGCGGUGUGUUCUUUGUGUUCAGUGUGAUACACGUUACUGAGGGCAGGGUUUACGUUCAGACUUCAUACGGUAGACUCGUAAAUUCAAACUAUAAGACCAAACAAUAUUUUGCUAUCUGAUCCAGUCUAUGUUUGCUUGCGCAUGAUAAGUUACAGCUGUCAGUGUUGUUAGCGACUUAGUGUGUUUUUUUGUGUGUAUUCAGAGUGAGGUUAUUAUUUUAUACAUUAUUAUACUUUUUUACCUUUGAAUGUGACAAUGAUAGGCCGCUUCUACUGAGCCUUUCUGUUCACGCUGUAUUAGCUGUGCUUCUCCCAACAAUCAAAUUCAACUCUCGCUUUACACUUUUCUACUUCAACCACCUUGUUGAUAGUGUGGUUUGAUUCCUGUGCAUGUUUUCACUCCGAUGCCUUAAAAAGUAGCCGCCUCUCUUUAUUUUCUCUUAAUGUUCUUUCUGCAUGUGGUCUGUUUAUAUGCUGCUCCUGGAAUGCUUUGAGUAUUAUUUCCUUUUGCUCGCCUGUGUUUUGUCUCUCUUGUUCACUCCUGUUGAAGAGAAUCCUGAGCUUACUCUUAAGCGUUCCAUAUUUCUCUGUCUUGCUCCUGUCUGUGUUUAUCCCCUAAUGACAUUUUGAUGGUGGGGUAUUAACAGGCAAGGACGCUAUGAAAUGUAGAAUGUUAAGUUGCUGGUGAUGUUUUUGACAAGUAACUUAAGUACACUGUUGAACUGGGUGUGCAAUUAAAAAAGAGUUAUUGUGUAUUUA